AUGAGGCAAAGGAGGUGGCUCGAGCUCGUUAAAGAUUGUGAUUGCAAGAUACUAUAUCAUCUCGAAAAGGCUAACGUUGUAGCCGAUGUCUUAAGCUGGCAAAGUUAUGGCACUGUUGCAACUCUAGGAAUGGUGGAAGCAUCAUUACAGAAAGAGAUAGUGAGAGCCACGAUAGAAAUAGUUACAGGCGAGCUUGCCAGUCUCACAUUGCAGUCAGACUUCUUGGAAGAUAUUAAUGAAAAGAAAAAAAUGGAUAACAUUCUGGUUAAGCAGGAAGCCUUGCUACAAGAGGAGAAAAAAUGGAAAGGGAAUGCAGAACACCAAAGACUCGGUGGGUUACUGCAACCGCAACCAAUACCAGUAUGGAAAUGGGAAAAGAUCACUAUGGACUUCGUAGUUGGCCUACCAGUGACUAUAGAGCAUCACGAUGCCGUUUGGGUGGUAGUGGACCGCCUUAGUAAGUCAGCUCAUUUUAUUCCGGUGAAAAUGACAUACACUAUGGAUCAGUUUGCAAAGCUAUACAUGAAAGAGAUAAUCAGACUCCAUGGUUUACCAAUAUCUCUAGUUUCAGAUAGAGACCCAAGAUUCACAUAA